ACCUAAAGACAUAUAUCUUCGAAAAGUUUAUAAACGUAAAUUUCUUACUUUACUUUGGAUAUAACUAUUAUUUGUGAAACCGUACGCACGAUUGUAAACUAUUAAACGCGAAGUCUUAAAAUUUAACAGUUUACAAUUCUUUCAAUAAUAUGUGCGUUGAUAGGAAAGAGAAAUUUAUAUUAUAAUAUAACACCACGUUUUUCUCUGAAGCUAUUUUAGAGCAGUAAGAAGGUGUAUAUUUGUAAAAUAAAAAAGAAGAAAUUAAGUUUAUUUUUUGGUAAAAAAGUGUUAUUUUCUCUUGAUAAUUAAAGAAUAGAACCACUAGACUUAUAUUAGUUCUCUACGUUUUACGUUCAUUGAUAAAAACGAUAGUCAAUGCUGUAUGAUUGAUGAAAUGAAAGGCAUCGCUUCACGUGCAUUUAGCAGACGACUUUUGUUGAUGAAGCAGACGACAGAGUGGUCUGUUUGAUUAAAAAGUUUGUCUAUAACUUGUAAUUGAGUAAUUAGUGCUAGACUUAAUCGAGUAAAGUCUAUAUCACAUAUAUAUCGUGUGAAAAAUACGAGGGAUUAUUUAUUUUCUCUCAAAAUAAACGAUAUAUUUGUACUUUUGCAAAAUAGCAUUGGUUUAACUGGGUGCGUUUUAUUCUAAUGUAGAGAAGAAACUGUGGAAGAAUUAUUUUCAUCUGUAUGAUCAAAGACACAAAAAUACUUGACUUUUAUUAAUUUAUUGAUAUGAAAUUUCUUAUAUUUUAAAAUUAAUUAAAUCUUCGUAUUCAAGAGGGAUUUCAGUAGGACUAAAAAAAUAUAUUUCACGGAUCAAAUUGACUUUUUCUUCUGGUUAAAGUGUUCACAGAUGGAUUUUACAGAAGCUCUGCACGUGCGUAAGGAAAGCUGACAUAGUUAUGACAAGACAUUAAGUUUUACGUGCCUUCUUUGAGACAAUGAACAGAAUUGUGAUAUCAGCUUAUACAUUACUAACAAUUAUGUGUGUUUUAGUCGACUGUGGUUGCGUGUUUCAAGGUGAAGUGUACCCUGUAGGGGAAACAUGGCAUCCAGCAACUUUCGGAACCUGUGUUAACUGUACAUGUGAAAUCAAUGAACGGGGUGAAUCCGACGUAAGGUGCGUAAACACGGCAGAUAAAUGUCCCAAGCUUAAUUGCCCGAGAACGAAGAAAGACCCACACAGUUGUUGCCCUUAUUGUGAAGAUAUUCCCAACAUUCCUCCUGCAGUGAGUGCAAGUGAAGACGAAAGUAACUCCUACAAACGUGCUAACUGCACCGGACCUGGCGGAAGAAUAUACAGGGAUGGAGAACGCUACGCCUCGAAUUCCACCGGUCUUGUUCCUACCACAGAUAAACAAUGUGUUCUAUGCAUUUGCCAGGAUGGAACACCUCUGUGCUAUUUGAAGACGUGCCUGGUCCCCAAAACGUGUUCAAAAUUAGUGCAGAAAGAGGACGAUUGCUGUCCUGUAUGUGCAGAUUUUCCUGUCGCUACAGAAAAAGAUGUGAAUGACUGCUCUGAUUCCAGUGGUAUUAAACCCAAUGGUACACAAUGGCAUCCAACUGUUGAGUCCGUGGGAGAGAUUGAUUGUAUAACAUGCACUUGCUUGAACGGUGAAAUAAAAUGCCAGAAAGAUUGUUUACCAGAUCACGAAUUACCUUGCCGGCACCCAAAGAAACCCAACGGAGCAUGUUGUAAAACGUGUCCCGAGAAAAAGGACAGAAAGAAAAAUAAGAAAAGAGAUAGGAAAAAUAAAAACCGCAAAGGCAAAGGAAAAGGAAAUAAAAGGCGGAAAGGAAAGAAAAAGCGGAAAUGUAAAGGGAAAGAUAAAGAUAAAGAUUCAUGUAAAAAUCGUCGGCGACGGAGAAAAGAGAGAACGACUACACAGGCGGUGAAACCGACGGCCGUCGUCGGGAUAUCGUUAGAGAAUCUGUGCAUAAGAAAAAAGACUGUAUAUUUAGUGUAUAAAUCUAUUACUGACACAGAAUUGCUAAUUGCAUUUGAUGAUAUAAAAGCUAACACCGUGGAUGUUCAUACUUGGACGGUGAACAAAGAAAACCAGAGAGGCGUGAUUACAUAUACUGAACCAAAAGUGGUCUCUUCUACAGAAUUCCGCAAAACAAUAAAUAACACAAACGUUGUGGGAACUGCCGGAAAAUCACAAUACAGAAAAUUCAAAAGACGAUUAAAAGAUAAACUUGAGAAAUGCGAGGAAAACUGCGAACCGGAACUUUUCAUAAAAAUAAUACAAAAGGUCAAAGUUCGUUUGCUGAAAUUCGGAGAUGAGUGCUAAGAAAUUUAAGUAGGGGAAAGAAAAACUUUCAGCGAAAAGAUUUCCAAUUCUCUAUUACUAUGGUAUAUUAUCCUUAUGUGCUUAUUGAUUCGAUCGACGGUGGUUAAUUUUGCAUUAAAAAUGCAACUUGGGAGUUCAGUAGUAACAGAAACAAAACACACACAAAAAACACGGAUAGUGAACUCGUACACUCGUACACUACGUACAGUGAUCCAUACUGUACUAUUUAAGCCAGUAUCUAUGGUGCUUAAGGCCAAAGUUCAUUGAUACUUGAGAUGUAUUAAAUCUCAAUAAUUCUGAUGCUAUGUUUUCUGUUAUAUUUUAGUUGUAAAGGUAGAUCUACCUUUAGUGUUGCAUAUACAUAUAUAUUGACGGAAAUCAAUAGGUAGAAUCUACAGGUACCGUGUACUGAGUAGCUAGAAUUACGUGCCUGUACGUAAGGUGGUGAACAUUUUGUAUUUGAUUUCCUAAUUUAUUUGAUUUGUUUUCUUUUAUUAUUUUUAUAUUGGAGUAAGAGUGUUUAUCUGAACACGUGGACUGUCAGCACUGUCAUAAGUUGCUAACAUACAGUACAAUACAAUACAAUAGAAUUCAAUACAAUACAAUCAAAACAAUACAAUAAAAAAAACAAUACAAUAAAAAACAAAACCAGAACAAAAACAGUUGCAAUAUCAUAAAAAAUACAAUACAAUACAAUAGACAAUUCAACACAAUACAAUAGACAAUACACGACAAUAGACAACAGACAAUACAAUACAAUACAAAACAACACAAUACAAUGCAUUGCAAUGUAAUGCAAUAUAAUACAACACAAUAUACAAUUAAAUACAAUACAAUAGGCAAUACACGACAGUACACAAUAGACAAUACAAUAGAAUACAACACAACAACACAACACAACAUAUCGAUACCAUUUAAUUGGACGUACAACUAUUCUUCCAUAAAAGUACCGAUCAUGUUUAUUGUUAUUUUGUUUGUUUUUUAAUUUGAAUUGACAUUUCAAUUAUAGAAGAAACAAAAUUUACUGUUACGUUUGCAUAGUUGUUUUAAUUUCAGCAGUUAUCUAUUAAUAACACUAAUCACAUACUGCCUCCGAAGAACAUCUGGCAAAACCCGCAUUCCACGGCAAUAACAUAGAUACAAUUAAGUUUUAUAAUUACUAUCUACAUUUUUACCCGUGACUUAAAAAUAAAGUCUUUUUUUCUGCUGCAUUUUUUGUCAACAGGGCACAUUUCCAUGUUUGAAAUACACUUGUUUUUUAAAAAAAAUCUUUAUGUCUUUUAAUCAAAUCGUUUUAGCUUUGACAAUUCGAUAAUGUUUUAACAAAAAUGUAAACAUUAUAAACAUAUAUUUUAGUAAAGUAUAUUCAUUUAAUUUGUUUGGCAAAAUGAAAAUGUCGAAAUAGCAGCAGCAGCAGCAACAACAACAAUGAUAAUAAAAACAACUACAGUAACUUGUUUUUCUUGAGACUAUGUUGUAUUUAUCAUGAGAUUUUUUUCAGCUAAUGGAGCCGAAAUCUAAAUUUUAAGUGUUUACAUAUUUUAUUUCGUAUCAUAAAUAUGUAUACGAAAAAAAUUGCAAAUAUCAACUGACUCUAGUACAAAGGUAGUUGUCAUCAAUAGAUAAAGUGGUCGUAAUUAAGAUAAUAUAUUUGAUUAAACAAAUUUUCUUUCGAUAUUGAUGAUUAAUUCCAAUUUCGGCAUUUUUAUUCGAAUUCAACAAUUUUGGUCUGCAAUAGAGAAGUAAAAAUGUCAGAGCAAAUAAUGACUCUGAUCUAUGUAAAUGUAUUCGAUUCUGACGAAAUAACCAAUCGGAAUUUUGUUAUAGGCACACAGAUAUACAUGUAUCAGUUAUAUGUAUCGAUUGAUUUAAAAGAAUGAUGUGUUUUUGACAACUUGAAAAUACACGUUUUCAUGUGCUAUGCCUCUUUGUUUACAUAUUUGCUAUGUAUGUUUAUUUUGUAAAUAUUAAAAGAUAAUAUGUUAUUAUUGUUAUUUAUUUCUUUGGGCUUUUAAUAAACGUUUACGUACA